UUUGUUGAAAUUCUUACAAAUCUUUUGUUUCUAGCAAAAUACUGAAAGUUCCAAUUUUUUUUGAGGUUUCAGCAAAUCACAGGAGUUAUCUAAGAUGCUUUCAAGAAUUGCGAAAAUCCCACUUGUGAGUUCACAUCCUGAGGUUUAUGAACCAUGUGAUGAUUCGUUUGCAUUGGUCGAUGCUUUAUUAGCUGAUCGAACUAACUUGUUACAACACAAACCCUCAAUUUGUAUGGAAAUUGGUUGUGGUAGUGGUUAUGUUAUUACUUCACUUGCUGUUAUGCUUGGACACGAAGGAUUUGUUCCAUACUAUAUUGCAACAGAUAUCAACCCUCAUGCAAUAAGGGUGACUCGUGAGACCAUGGAUGCUCAUGGGGUUUAUGCAGAGUUGGUAAACACUGAUAUUACAUCUGGACUUGAGAAGCGAUUGGCAGGAUCAGUUGAUGUGCUGGUUGUGAACCCUCCUUAUGUUCCUACACCUGAAGACGAAGUUGGUUUUGAAGGCAUCACUUCGGCGUGGGCUGGAGGGGAGAAUGGUCGAAGCGUUAUUGAUAAAAUACUGCCUGCUGCUGACAAUCUUUUGUCAGAGAAGGGCUGGUUAUAUAUGGUCACGCUUACUGCUAAUAAACCCUCAGAAAUAUGUCUUGAGAUGAGAAAGAAGGGUUAUGCAUCUCGAAUUAUCCUUCAAAGAUCAACUGAAGAAGAGAGCCUUCAUAUUAUCAAAUUUUGGCGAGAUUCUGAUAGCCAGUUGGAGCUGAGUAAUCUAAAUUAUUGGUCUAAACUGGUCGGGAAUUAGUUAAAGGGUCUCAUUUUGUGCUUUCAUCGAUUGUCCGUUGGGGAAUAUGUCACUAGCUGUUAAUAGCAUAGCAGAUAGAGGAGGAAGUUCAUCAACUGGAUGUGGUGGACGGGGUCUGUUAUCUUUAUUAAAAGGUUUCCUCAAACAAGCUGACUCGCGCUCAACUUUAUCAAGUACCUGAUUUAAUGCCUAAAG